GCUUAUGAGGAGCACAGUCACGCAGUGAAAGCCAAAAGUUACUUUUAAACGAUUACUUUUUUUGUAUUGUUUAAUGCAUUUGUCACAAAAUAACCUAAUAGCCUACUAAAUAAUAUUUGCCUCUACAACAAAAAUGUUUCGACUAAAUAAAGUUAGUCAAGUCUAAAAUAGACUACUUGUAGAAAAAUUUUACAAAAAGCCUUCUUCCUUUUAAGUCACCGGACAGAAUGGUUGAGCGUUUGCUCUUGUUAAAGCUCUCACAUGAUGAACUCUCUACCCCCUGUGAAAGGAAACAGGAUCAUCUGUGAACUCCCUUUGUACUUUACAAGGGAUGCUGCAGUGCACACCAAAGAUGGCUUCAAUAUUACCGUUAAAGAUGCAUGUCAAGGACAGAAAACAGGAUUGAAUGUAGCCAAGGUCAUUGUUGUUGGUGAUGUAGGAGUUGGAAAGACCUGUUUAAUAAACCGAUUCUGCAAAGACUCAUUUGACAAGACAUACAAAGCAACUAUUGGAGUGGAUUUUGAGAUGGAGAGAUUUGAGGUCCUCGGGGUGCCCUUCAGUUUGCAGUUGUGGGACACAGCAGGUCAGGAAAGAUUCAGAUGCAUUGCAUCCACAUACUACAGAGGAGCUCAAGCCAUCAUUGUUGUCUUUGACCUGAGCAAUUAUAGCUCUUUGGAUCAUGCAAGAGAGUGGCUUGAAGAUGCCAUGAGAGACAAUGACCCAUCUAGUGUUCUCCUCUUCCUCGUGGGAACCAAAAAGGAUCUUAGUCACCCAGAGCAGUUGGCUGUAAUGGAGCAAGAAGCCGUUCGGAUCUCAGAGGAAAUCAGAGCCGAGUAUUGGGCCGUGUCUGCGCUGUCAGGGGAAAGUGUGAGAGAUUUUUUCCUACGGGUUGCAUCGCUUACAUUUGAGGCGACUGUGUUAUCUGAGAUGGAGAGGAACAACUCUAGACAAGCAAGUGAUAUUGUCAAAAUCUCGAACAAUUGUGAUGAAAACUUUAAGAAGAGGCAAUCCAGCUGCUGUCGUUGACAAAGUAUGUAAUGUUCAAAUGGCCAUAGAAGUGAUCCUUGUGUACAGACUUUGGGAUGAUGUCCCAUAAUGCCCAGAUGAACAUCUUUGAAGAUAAAAAUAAUACACACAGAGGACUUGGCCAGUGAGAUGAGGGGAUCUCUACAAGAAUUCAUCUGAAAGUGAAGUUUGAAAUGUAAUCAGAAGUGUACUAAUGAAUCCAUGAUAUAUUCCAUGUGUUUUUUAAGUUAUGAAUUUGAAUGCAUUUUUCAAUAUCAUAACUGUAUUACAUGAUUAUUAUCUGGAUACACAUUAAUUUAGUUCGUCAUAGAGUAGACUAUCAAAUAACCAGGAUCAAGUCAGUGAUUUUGUACAAAAACGUGUUAAUUUUUUGUUCCAAGCAGUGUCAUAUAAUGAUUUAAAUCUGUAAAUCUACCUAGAAAUAAUUUCAAGUCUAUUACAUAAAGCGAUGCAAAUCCCUGCAAUUUGAUGGUAAUGAGUUGUGCCUUCAUAUUUGCUUUUUCCUAGCAAACAGCAGUGUUUAUGUGCAGAAUACUUAAGAGGUCACAUGAAAUGCCCUCCUGGCGGUUCUGAAUGGAUAUUUAGUAAAUGUAGCCCUUGUUUUUUCAUUGCAUCAUGAGUUUCUCUGGCUAAUAUGAUACAUAUGCCAGCACUCAUGACCACAGGCUCUGCUGCCGUCUACACGACACAAGAUUCCCAUUGCGAGCUAAAUGGAAGGUUUGUUAAGACGUAAAUGGAGAAGUGUCACUGUGAAGCAAACAUGAGCAGCUCAGCAAACAUCCCACUUCAACGGUUAUAUUCUGUAAUGAAACGUCCCCUCAAGUCUACAUGAGAGAAUAAAGGUUAAAAAUGC